CUUUAUUAUCCCUUUCUUCUAAUUUCCUUGCUUAUAGAGGUUGUAACUACAUAUUCUAUUUUCAAAUAUACUAUAGCUACCUUUCUUUUCUUUAUGUGCAACAUAUCAUUUGGAAUUAUAUACCUUCUUUUACGUCUUGAAUUUUCUUUAAUCAAUAUUCUACACAUAAUUUUCUUCUUUUUGUCUAUAUGUCUAUAUAAAAAGAAUUUAUUUAAUAUCAAUUCACUCAACCCCAGCCCUAAACUUCCUGCUACUCUCUUUUUCUCUUAAAACUUUUCUCCUUCAAAUUGAAUAACAAUUUUUAAACUACUUAGCUUAUUUGUUUGCCAGAAAGAAGCUAUUCUACAAUGGCUAUUCAUACUAGAUUUCUAUCGAGACGCGAUGAUGAUGAACAAGAUUGUAGAAGAACCCUUCUCCAAUUAUUGGAGAAAAUAAAAAUGUUAGAGGAAGAACUGAAAUUGGAGCGAGAAGGAAGAUUGAACCAACAACAAAAGAAGAAAUGUCACAUAUGUGAUAAUGAAAUUUCUGAUGAAGGUUCUUCAUCUGGGUGCAAAUUUUGCAAUGACUUGCGCAGGCGCAACCAAGAACAACAUCGUCCAAUCCAAACUCCCUUUCAUUCUUCCCACCCACUUAAAUUAUGUACUGAUAAAUUUCAAACCUUUAUAUGCAACUCUUGCCAUAAAUUGCAUGAAAAUAUUGAUAUGUAUUUUACAUGCGAACAAUGUGAUUUCUUCAUGGACGUAAAAUGCAUGGUUAUGCCCCAGCCAACAUGGUACGAUGAAUUUGAAAGUGUAGGUGGAAAGUUCAUACAACAUUCUACACAUCAACAUCGUAUGCCACUUAUUAAAGACGGAGCAAUUAAUGACGAUGUCAGUUGCUUUGUCUGUCGCUUGAAAUGUUCAGGUGAAGUUUGUUAUGGUUGCAAACGUUGUGAGUAUUUUUUGCAUGAAUCGUGUGCACAAUUACCACCUCAAAUUUAUGGUUCUUCUUUUCAUAAUAAACACCUUUUAUUCUUUCAUACUUCUAAUCGUGCAUUUCGUUCUUGCAAGUCUUGCAACAAAGAAAAUCUAAUCUUCACUUAUGAAUGUCGUCAAUGUGAUUGUAUUUUAUGUGGGGAUUGUGCCUCUACAAUUCCACAUGGUGUAAAGUUCGAUUAUCAUGAGCAUCCUCUUUACCUCCAAAGCACAGAUGAUGAUGAUAAUCUAAUGAAGUGUGAUGGGUAUGAUUCCUAUUGCAAAAGGCCUACUCUCAAUAAUUCAGAGGAAAUUAACGGUACAAAAUCGUACAUAUUUUGGUGUGCAAAAUGUGAUUUCAAAGUUCACAUGCUAUGUGGGUUGUUACCUAAAAUUAUUAAAUAUGACUAUCACAUACAUUCUCUUGUACUCUUUGAUUUGGCUUUGGAAAACGAGUUUGGAGAAUACGGUUGUGAUAUUUGCGAAGGUAAAAGAGAUCCACGAUUUUGUGCAUACGUUUGUGAAGAAUGCAAGUUCAUUGCUCAUGUGCAUUGUCUAACUUCUCAGAUUAUGAAAGUUCUAAAAGGAGAUCUGAAAAAUUUGGAACUUCAUAAUGUUGGAGAGAUGAAACUUUCCAAUGAAGUAAACAAUGUUUGGGUGGUUGAGAAAGAGCAGGGACGUUCAGUAACCACCUUAAUGGAUUUACUAAACCAAAUAUCUGAAGUUGAAUCAGAAAAGCUCAUGGCUUAUUUUCACUUUGAUGUGGUCAAUAAAGGAAGUGAUCAUGACAAAACUACUCAACACCAGCUUCAACAUAACAAUAAUGAUGAAGUUCUUCAAUUUUCUAACUUUAUCGAGAGCCACCAAUUUAUAUCAGUACUUUUUGAUGAGUUUCAUUCCAACUUUCAGAAAAGAAAGCUUGAAAUAAAGUACACUGAUUUAUCAUUGAGAGUUGUUCCUUUUAAAGGUUAUGCAAUACCUCUGAAUUUGGGCUCUGUUUUGAAAAAUCUACUUGAGAAGUAUGGUGAUAUUGGUGAGUCUUCCACAUUCUCCCCAGCCAUGAAAAGUAUAGGCAUUUUCUUCACAUGUAAAGUACUCAAACAAAUGCAAUUGACUUUGAUUGCAGACAUCAAUAAAGAUCAUCUUCGACAUUGGUAUUUCUACAUAAUAUUUGCCAAGGAGAUUAUGGGGUUUGAAGUGGAAUUUUUGGAAGUGUCUCUAAAGAAAAUCACACAAGUUUUCUUCUAUCGACAAGUUAGUAAGUUACUUGACAUGGAUAUUAAAUCAUUGCGACAAAGUAAGAUGGAUGAGCUUGAAAAUGAAAAGGACAAGUGCAAAGUGAAAUUUGACAAGCUUAGGGAGUUUCAAGAGUCUUCUUUUAGUAAUCAAUUUAUAAAGAAACGCUUGAAUGAGGGGUUGAAACUGAUGUGGAAGACUGUUGGGGAAGUUGGCUUUAAAUCUCAUAACUAAUAAGUAACAUAUAUGUAAUAUAUUGUGUUUUAUAUUACUUGUUUAUGUUUAUGUUUAUGUUUAUGUCAUUUGUUUGGUGUGUCUCUGUGUGUGAAUAUAUAAAGAAUAACAUAUGGAUUUAUCGAUCCUUGUUCCUUUCAAA